CCGAUCUCUCCUUUCUACUUCCCGUGUAAAAAUUCCAAAGAGAGAAAAAACCUCCAUGAUCACGUUGAUCGAACCUCGGUGAGUACCUCAAAAACUCUGUCUCAAUUCUCCUCAGAUCAAAACCAGAAUCCUAGGGUUUCAUCAAUUCUCAGAUUCUGGUUCGUGUAGAUAGCUCUUACCUUCUUUUAUCGGUGAUCUAUGGCGUGUAAUUAGAACACAAAGGUCCAAAAUUUCGAGAAUGAGAGCUCUGAAUCAUCUCUAUACCUCAAGCAAUCCCAGAUUCCGAGGAAUCUUCAACGCCUUCUGUGCUAUAAUUCUCUUCUUGCUCUUCUUUAAUCAGAGCUAUAUACUAAAGAAUCAAUCUUUCGUUGCUGGGUCUACUCCACGUAGGCAUAUGAGUGAAACUUCUUCUGGUGACACUACUGCACUGUGCUCUGGUUUACAUCAACACAUAGGUUACACCGACCAAUGCCAAUUCUUGAAAUCGAACCCUAUCUGUUCUCCAGACAGCUUCUUUGAUUACCUCUCCUUCUUUUACUGCACAUGUGGAAAUUUCAAGAUCUUGGGUUAUAUUGUUUUAGGUGUUUGGCUCGUUGCUUUGUUUUAUCUCCUUGGUAACACCGCUGCUGAUUACUUUUGCUGCUCUCUUGAGAAGCUCUCUAAGCUUUUAAAGUUGCCUCCUACCGUUGCUGGUGUUACUCUGCUUCCGCUUGGUAACGGAGCUCCUGAUGUGUUUGCGAGUAUAGCUGCUUUCGUUGGUUCGGAUAAAGGCGAGGUUGGGCUUAACAGUGUGUUAGGUGGUGCUGUGUUUGUGACUUGUGUUGUUGCUGGUGUUGUUUCUCUCUGUGUUGCGGAUAAAGAGGUUAAGAUUGAUAAGAAGUGUUUCAUUAGAGACUUGUGUUUCUUUCUGUUCACGUUGGUGGCUUUGAUGGUGAUUUUGAUGGUUGGGAGAGUGAGUGUUGGUAUCGCCGUCGCGUUUGUUUCGAUCUAUGUUGUGUAUGCUUCUCUUGUGGCUGCGAAUGAGAUUUUGAGGAAACAUUCAAAGAGGUUGAAGCUUGAUUCUUUUACACCUUUGCUUCCUAUUCAAGGAAGUGUGUUCUCGCCGAGUGGUGAAGAGGAUGUAGCGCCUAUGUACAGCCCUUUGCUGGAGCUUGACACUGAAGAAGGUCCACCUAAGUUGCAUGAUUCUCUACCGCAAUGGAUGUGGGCUACAAACGUAGCCAUCUAUUCCGCGAAAGCUAAUAAUGUGCGUGAUGAAGAGAGACCUCCAUGGGGAUGGAGUGAAGAUGGUGGAGAAGUUGAUAACACUUUAUGUUCUAAGAUCACUUCCUUUUUAGAGACUCCAUUGACUGUUCCUAGACGGUUAACAAUCCCAUUGAUUGAGGAAGAUAGCUGGUCUAAGACAUAUGCGGUAGCUAGCGUCUCGGUAGCUCCUCUCCUUCUUGCUUUUCUUUGGUGCAGCCAAAGUGAAGUGAGUCUUCUUGUAGCCUACUUUAUCGCUAUUGCGAUAGGAUCUACUCUUGGCUUUCUUGCGUAUAGAAACACAGAACAUGACCGUCCACCUCAGAGAUACUUGAUCCCUUGGGUGCUAGGUGGAUUCAUCAUGAGUAUUGUAUGGUUCUACAUGAUUGCAAACGAGCUCGUUGCACUUUUAGUAACAUUCGGUGGGAUUUAUGGAAUCAACCCGUCGAUACUCGGUUUAACAGUGCUUGCUUGGGGUAACUCAAUGGGUGACUUGGUCUCAAACAUAGCGUUGUCGAUGAACGGUGGAGAUGGGGUGCAGAUUGCUUUAUCAGGUUGCUACGCAGGUCCUAUGUUUAACACGCUUGUUGGGUUAGGUAUGUCGAUGCUUCUUGGUGCUUGGUCCAAGAGUCCAGAGACUUACUUGAUCCCUGAGGAUAAUAGCUUGUUCUACACGCUAGGGUUUCUCAUAUUAGGGUUGCUGUGGGCUCUUGUAAUGCUCCCACGGAACGAGAUGCGACCGAACAAGGUGAUGGGGGUUGGUCUGAUCACACUGUAUCUGAUAUUCGUCACUUUCAGACUCAGCUCUGCCAUGGGGUUCAUACCUUGGGCUGCUUAACGAGCUUGCUUCGAGAUUUGUAAGGUGUGAUUGAAAUUAUAAUCAGAGCUUAUUGUAUACAGAUCAUUUAGUUAGAGAAAGCCACACUGGUUCUAAAGAAAAUCUUGUUUGUUGUAUUAUGUCGAUGUUAUUACUGAUAAUAAACCUGAGCCAUUGGUCGUUGUCUCGAUAGUGGGAGGUAUAUGGGCUGUAUCUUAUUGGGCCGACUAUGAAAUCAAUAAUGUUGACCCACUUGUUUUGUUUUCUUUCACUUUGUACUACUUCACGUGGUGGUGCGAUACCGCGAUAUGCAU